AUGACUGUAACUCCUGGCAUUCACUCUACUUAUGUACCUUGUAUCACCUCAUGCAUUUUCGAUUGCUCUUUAUCUUUCUCUUACUCUGAUAGUCUUAUCCAACGCUUACACAAGCUACUUCCCUCGCUUGUCCUUAGCUAUUUCCGAAGGAACAGUUUCAGAUCGAAUUCCUGCAUUGAUCCGGUUGCUCAUAUUCGCAACAAGAUCAUCAACCCCGCGCUUUUUGAUUAUUCCCACAACAAUUUCACUUCUUCGCUAGCAUAA